UAUAACACUUAAUUUAGGCAUGAUCAAGAAGGUUAUAUUCUUCUGUUUGCUGGUCACGCUGACUGUCAUCUACUCAUAUGAGUUUAGAGGAUACGACAAGUGCCACAGACAACUGACAUGUUCUGACUGUAUUGCGCACGAUCCUCUUUGUAGCUGGUGCUCAGAUUCUGGGGAAGAAGUGGACACACGGUGCAGGACCUUUUUCAAUGGCACAACUGAUGUGGAGUGCAAAGCUCUGACCUUCCCUCUAGGAGACGAUGAAGCCUACCCCCAGUAAAAAUGACGCAGAUUUUGAGUCAAUUGUGGACGGAUCUAUCAUCCAGAUUAAGCCUCAAUCAUUCUCAGCAGCUAUAAGGAGAGGUUCAUCCGUGAAAUUUACUGCAAUGGUAGAGCCUGCUAAGAAUUUCCCCCUGGAUCUUUACUUCGUUAUGGACCACUCUCAUUCUAUGAAGCCUACACUGGAUACACUGAAGAAUAGUGUGGACGCAAUGAGUGAAAAGUUGAAAAAUUUGACGAACAAUCAUCGUAUCGGGUUCGGUACAUUCGUUGAUAAAACUACCGCUCCUUACAUUUACACUACAGAGGCCAGGAAAAAGAACCCCUGCCAGACGCGAACUGACGGAAGUGGGGACGGUGGAACUUCGUGUCCUCCUGCGUAUAACUUUAACAACACCGUCAGUCUGGACGAGUUCGAGCAGUUUAGUACUCUCAUUGAAGUGAGUGAAGUUUCAGCUUCAGUUGAUCUUCCAGAGGCGGGUAUGGAUGCGCUCAUGCAGGUUGCUGCGUGUAAAGAUCCUAUUGGCUGGAGAGAUCAUUCCAGAAAGGUUAUCGUGUAUCUCACAGAUACAGGGCUUUCCAUUUUCGCGUGA